AUGAUCUUGGAGAGUCUGAGAUCAUCAAGCUUGAUCUCCUUGAAGCUAUGACUAUUGCUUAUGAUGCUUGGGCAAAUGUCAGCAGUGAAAUAAUAGCAAACUGCUGGAAACACACUGGUAUAAUGUCUGACAAUGCACUUGAAUCACAGCCCACCACACCACCCAAUGAUUUCCAAAAUGCCUCACUUCUCAAGUCUGCAUGGAACCUUGUUCAUGACUUUGUCUCAACAGACAAAUACACACUUCCAGGGAUCGAACAGACAUUGCAGAAUCUGCUUGGAAAUCAAUAUGCUGAUGCUGACUGGCAUUCUGCUCUUAUGGCUGUUAUGAAUGCAGAGAAUGAUGUUGGUAAAGUACUUCCACUCAAAUUGCCCCUAUUCAACAGCUCCAGACAGCAGAGAUCAUGUUGAAGGACCACCUUGUCAAAUUGAAAUAACAAAAUCACAUGUUUGGUCCCAUUCUAACCAUUAAAGAGAUGGUUAGCCCUAUUGCAGAAAAGUAUACUGAAGAUCUUGAGACAAUGCCAACAGAUGAGGAGAUUGUUGCUGCUGUCAAGCAUGAUAUUGCAGUAGAAAAUGAGGAAAUAA